UGUGUAAGUUGUUCUUAAAGACCUCCAGUGACGGAGACUCCACCACCGCUCCAGGGUAUGCAUCUUCCUGGUCACCUGCCUUGCCAAGGAGGGAGGCAAGCUCAAGCCAGCUGAACCCUUGCAAUUGGAUUCACAAGAGGGUUUGAGGACAACAUUGCCUCGCCUCAACCUCUCUAUUUCCAGGGAGCCCCCUCCUCCCCACAGAAGCUUUGUGAAAUGGAAGAGUCAUACAGGUCUACAAUUUCCAUCUACAAGAGCAUCCUGGAGCAGUUUAAUCCUGCUCUGGUGAACCUGGUGUACCUCGGCAACAACUACUUGCGUGCCUUCCAUGCAUUGUCUGAAGCUGCUGAGGUCUAUUUCAAGGCCAUACAGAAGAUUGGGGAGCAGGCCCUCCAGAGCUCCACUUCACAGAUCUUGGGUCAAAUUCUGAUGCAGAUGUCUGACACCCAGAGGCUCUUGAACUCUGAUUUGGAAGUUGUGGCCCAGAAGUUCCAUGCAGACCUGCUGCAGCACAUGGAGAAAAACACCAAAUUGGAUGUGCAGUUCAUCAAUGACAGCCGUCAGCGGUAUGAGGUGGAGUACCGGCGCAGGGCAGCCAACCUGGAUAAGUGCAUGUCAGAGCUGUGGAAGCUGGAGAGGACCCGAGACAAGAGUGCCUGGGAUAUGAAGGAGAAUGUGAGGUGCUUGCACUCGGAGAUGCAGGCAUUUGUCUCUGAGAGCCAAAAGGCUGCUGAACUGGAGGAGAAGCGCCGCUAUCGGUUCCUGGCUGAAAAGCACCAGCUGCUCUCCAACACCUUCCUCCAGUUCUACAACAGGGCCCGGGGUAUCAUUCAGAACAAGGUGCCGCUGUGGAAGGAGCAGCUGGAGGCCAGCCGCACCCUGGUCAGCAGCCACUCCCAGAGUCACCUCAGUGCUUCACCAAGCUCAGGGUACCUGUCAGGCCGCCUAACUCCAAGCCACCUGGAGAUGUCCCAGAGACCUCUAGGAGAUUAUGGCUCUGCCUUGGGAGGACAAAAUUCAAGCACCUUCUCCCAGGAGUCCUCUGAAAUUAUAUCCUCUUCUCAGCCAGAGUUCACUCAGCGAACCCUGCAGAGGAGUCCCUCUGCUGGCUUGCUUUCCACUGGGCAGCACUCUCGUUGCAGCUCCUUUGGGGAGCCCAUCGGAGGGGAAGGCAGAGGUGGAGGCAAUAGAUUGAGAGUCCAAGCUAUCGUGCCCCACUCUACUGGCACCAACCGGACCCUACUACCGUUCAACACGGGUGAUGUUAUCAUUGUGCUGAUGCCAGAUGCACAGAAUGGCUGGCUCUAUGGCAAACUGGAGGGAUUGUCUACGUGUGGCUGGUUCCCUGAAGCAUAUGUAAAGCCCAUGGAGGAAAUGAGACACUCGGAGGAGCCAACCACCAGAUCCUUCCCACUACGAAGUAGCCACAGCAUGGAUGAUCUCCUGGACGGACCCAGCAUCCCAUCAGCAAGCAAUUAUUGGCACAAUGCUGCCCAGCCCCAGUCACCAAGCUCCUUAGCCUCAGACAGUUGCAGAAGCAAUGUGACAACCAAUUCCUCUGACUCGAAGAAGUCCUCUGCACUGGAACAACCCCCAGAACUCUUUCCUCGAGGCACCAACCCAUUUGCCACAGUCAAGUUGCGUCCCACCGUCACCAACGACCGCUCGGCCCCAGUCAUCCAGUGAAGCAGGAUCAUGGAGAGCAGCAGGUUCUAAGGGGGCAAUUGGAAAGAAGGCUGGCACUAACUGAGUGCGGUUUCUCUUGGCCAGGCCAACCCCUAAUCAUGGGGCUUCUCCCUUAUCCCAUCCUCUACAUCUGUUUCACUAUAGCAAUAAAUAUGAUUCCCUGGCGGGGGGGUUGGAGUUCUUUUUGGGUUGACCUGUGUGUGAUGGUGGUUGCACUGUUGUUGAGUGGAAGGCAGCCUGUGAUACUGGGGCUGGAGGUAUAGGGGGAGAGGUUUAUCAGUGCUUGAACCCUGGGCCUUGGAGGAGGGGGAUGUCUCUCACAGCUCAGAGUGCCUUCUCUGCAUGGGGGCAGUGUGAGCAAGGCAUGAAAAGGAACCUUUUGCACUUGGAAGGAGCAGCAGUGAGAGCUGUGUGGCCACUAAAGGGGUGGAUUUGGAUCAAGAAAGUCCAGGAAAGCUGUGAUUACCACUCCCCACCCCCUGUCCCCCAACACGCACAGUAUGCUGGUCUCCUCUCAGCUCCUCAACCUCAGUCAAGUGGAAGCUGUAUUUAAAGAGGGCAUCUUGCUGAUAGUCCCUGUUCCCUUCUUAACCACCCUUUGGCCCAGCAGCCCCAUGCUUCAAGUGAGAGGAGGCAGGGGAAGCCCAGCUGAGCUGCUGUGCUCUGUGGUUUGAUGCUGCAAAUAAAGACAGAUUUUUAAAAUAAAA